AUGCUCAAGGAGUUCGAAGGGGCGAUUGGGAUUGACCUCGGCACGACCUACUCCUGCGUCGCCGUCUUCCUCCACGACCAGGUCCAGGUCAUCCCAAACGACCAGGGCAAUCGCACCUCCCCAUCCUACGUGGCCUUCCAACACGACGAGGUCAUUGUCGGGGAUGGGGCAAAGAACCUCAGCGCGCGAGGGGCCUCAAGCGUCAUUUUCGACGCCAAGCGCCUGAUCGGGAUGCGGCUGAGCGAGAAGACAGUCCAGGAGGACUGCCAACGCUGGCCCUUUGUCAUCUCUGACGGCGGCAAAGGCGACGACAAGCCGCGCAUCCACGUCGAGUUCAAGGGCGAGUCGCUCCAGCUCGACCCGGUUGAGGUCUCCGCGCGCGUCUUGGCCUAUUUGAAGACCUGCGCGGAGUCGUACCUUGGGAAGCAGGUGAAGAAAGCGGUGAUCACGGUUCCUGCGUACUUCAACGACUCGCAGCGUCAGGCCACCAAGGACGCCGGUGUGAUUGCUGGGCUUGAGGUGCUGCGCAUCAUCAACGAGCCGACGGCUGCGGCGUUGUCCUACGGGAUUGGCGUGAACUCCGGGGCGAAGCCCUCCCAAAGCGAUGGAAAGCCACUGAACGCGCUGGUUUUUGACUUCGGCGGCGGCACGUUCGACGUUUCGAUCAUCACAAUCGAUAUGGGGAGCUUCGCGGUGCGCGCAACCGGCGGGGAUACCCAUCUUGGUGGGCAGGACAUGGAUUUUAAUCUUCUCGCGUACAUUACCGGGGACCUGGAAAAGCGCCAUGGGGUGCAUUUGUUCGAUCAACAUCCUCGGCAAAUGGCACGAGCGCGAGCGGCCUGUGAGGUUGUCAAAAAGACGCUCUCCCACAGCACAUCCGAGGAGCUUGUGCUGGAUGGCUUGCUGCCUGGAGGGGAUGAGUACACCCUGAGAAUCACUCGCGCGAAGUUGGAGGAGCUGAAUGAAAAGAUUUUUGACAAAUGCAUCAGCGUCGUAAAGCACGUUCUCAAAGAUGCCGCCAUGACGGUGGAGGAUAUUAAUGAAAUUAUCAUGGUUGGCGGGAGCUCCCGAAUCCCCAAGCUCCAUAACCUCCUUAAGGAUCUUUUUAAAUGCAAUAUGCUCUGUAAUUCUGUCCAUCCGGACGAGGCGGUUGCUAUCGGAGCGGCAAUUCAAGCAAGUAUUCUGAGCAAUUCGACCGAACAACAAUCCGAGAGAACGGAAGCGGUGGUUUUGAUGGAUGUCGUUCCCCUUUCCAUUGGCGUCGAGGUCGAUAACGGGAAGCUUGACGUCCUUAUCCCGCGUAAUACGACCAUCCCGUACAAGAUCAAAAAGGAAUACAGCACCGUCGAGGAUUACCAAACCGACGUUGAUAUCCAAGUUUUCGAGGGCGAGCGCCCGCUCACGCGGCAUAAUCAUAAGCUCGGCGAGUUUUCACUCGAGGGCAUUACCAAAGCAAAGAAAGGCCAUCCGACCAUUACCGUAACCUUCUCAAUCGACGCGGAUGGUCUGCUCACUGUCAGCGCAACUGAAGCCCUCGCGAAUAAAACGAAAAGCCUUGUUGUGCAAAAUUCCGAACGACUUUCCGGAGAGGAAGUGAUGGCGAUGGUUGAGGCUUCGAAGAAAUUCCAGGGUGAGGAUACCCUUUCCCUCGCCAAAACCAAAGUCUCUGCGCGGGUUAGCGAUGCCCUUGCGAAGCUAAAAGAGAAAGUUACGAGUUCAAAGGAGCCACCCUCUGACAAUCUACAAAAGAGGCUUGAUUUUAUUCAACAUGCCGAGGAAUGGCUGAGCCGGAGUCUUCCGAAUUACACGGAUUUGGAGUCGCUGAAAUCAAAGUCCGAAAAAAUUAUGCAGCUUAUUAAUAAAGGCAUGAAGCGCGCCCGUCCUGAGAAAAAUGGAUCGCAAGAAGGUAAUCGAAAGUCUGAACGGCGUGAAUCGGACAGUGAGGAUUCACAAAAUGCAGAGGAAGAGGAAAAGGAAGAAGAGAAAGAGGAGGACGAAAAGGAGGAAGAAGAGAAAGAAGAAGAAGAGAAGGAGGAAGAACCGAAAGAGGAGGAGAAGGAGGAAGAAGAAGAGGAAAAGGAAGAAGAGAAGGAAGAAGAGGAGAAGGAGGAAGAAAGCAGUGCUAGCGAUGAAUCUGAAAAGGACGACUGA